GCGCUAGGCAGUUGGUCCGCGUCCGCGAGGUGUAGUAUACCCUUGACCGGAUGGGCGCGCUCAGCUCAGUCGCGGCGCGGCUCUGCUCGUAUCCUCGCGUCUCUCUGCCCGCACCACCGUGCACCGCGGCCGAGCUAUAUAGCAGCUCGCCCUCGCUCCCGGCACACUUCACGUCUCGGAGCCAUGCGCCUCCGCCCCUCGGAUGAAGCAUCGGCCGACUUUGUCAAAUAUCAUUAUUUUCCAAAAGUGCGUAUAGUAAUGAAAUAAUUGACACCUGUGCAAGUGAAGUAAAUAAACAUGAAGUCCAGAAACAACUCGUUCGAGCCCCAGCCGGAGCUGCAGGAGCUGCUGCAGAAGCCGCACAGCCUGAAGCUGAUCCCUGACGGCAAACGCGCAACAAUAAUCCCAGCGCAAGGGACGAAUAAGGAGAAAACUCACGCAGUGUCUCCGACCGAGGACGAGGGUCCAGAUGUGGUAGCUGAUGUGAUCGGGAAAUUCGGAAGAUGGCAGCUGCUCAUGACAUUCCUGCUGUCUCUCUUCUCAUUGCCCUGCACAUUCCACAUUUACCUACCAACGUUUACCGCGAAAGCGACGAAAUUUUGGUGUCAAAAGCCAGAGAACUUUUCGAGUUUGCCAUUACAAGAUUGGAUAAACUACAGUCAGCCUGUGGACAGCUGUUCGGUGCGGACAAUCUCUGCAGGAGUGACGGUGGAAAUGAUACUGAAUCAUACUGCGCCACUCAUAGACUCUUUCCAGAAAUGUACAGACUGGAACUAUGACAGGACAGAGGUGGGCAGUACUAUAAUCUCAGAAUGGGAUCUGGUGUGUGACAGAGCACACCUGACCAGCUUAGCUGAGGUCAUGUUCUUGGUUGGCGUCGGAGUCGGUGGAGUCGUCGGCGGUUGGAUAUCGGAUAGAUUCGGCCGCAAACGCAUUUUGAUGAGCAUGAUGGUAGCGCAGAGUUCAUUAGCGAUCCUAUCUCUGUUGGUCCGUUCCUUCGUGCAGUACGUGGUGGUCAGACUUAUCAUGGGAUUCGUUUCUGUCUCCGUGGUCUACGCAGCCUUCGUCCUUUCCGUGGAGCUUGUAGGAGGAAAGUGGGUGACCAUUGCGGGAGUCUGCAACUUCUUCUGGCUGCCUGUCGCGUACCUGAUCGUCACCCUCUUGUCCCUACUCAUGCCCAACUGGAGAGACCUCCAACUGAGCCUGUCUGUUCCCGGAUGUCUUCUACUGGCUUUAUGGUUCGUUCUGCCAGAAUCACCGAGAUGGCUGCUCAGUAUGGGAAAGACUCAGGAAGCGAAAGAAAUAUUGGAGAGGGCUGCUAAAUUUAACAAGCGAGAACUGCCUUCUGAUAUAGACAAACUGUUAAUGUUACACAAAACACAUGAGACUACAGAACUGCCAAGUGUCAUGAUGCUGUUCAGAGGAGUACUGCGAAAGAGGACGAUAUGUCUAUUCCUGUCUUGGUUCUGCAUGACAAUUGCGUACUAUGGCCUAUUACUGAACAUUGGAAAUUUCAACCUUGGUAACCUGCACGUAACGUCUAUAAUCCUGGCAAUCGUAGAAGUUCCAGCUAUAGCAAUAAGUAUCCCAAUUCUCUUGAAGGCUGGAAGACGGGUUCCUAUAUUCAUCAGUAUGUUGGUUUGUGGGCUCGCGUGUGUGGCUAGUGAGCUGCUGUCGAUAGCAUUCGAUGAUGAAUGGAUCAUGAUCGUUUGCCUGAUGAUCGGGAAGUUCGCUAUCGGAUCUACGAACAUGAUGAUGCCGAUAUUCACCGUGGAACUGUACCCGACUGUGGUGAGGAACCUCGGUGUGGGAGCCAGCCAGAUAGCGGCCGGACUAGCACUUAUAUGCAUUCCGUACUUAUGGAGACUGACGAUGAUAAAUGAGCACCUACCGAUGGUGACUAUCGCAGCUCUGGCUGCUAUUGGAGGUGGAAUAGUGCUGCUGCUGUCAGACACCACUCGCCCUGAAACCCAACCACCUCAGCCUGUGAGCGAAAAGAAAGUACCGUAUGACAACAACUCGCCGUGCAACGGAACGUUCACAAUUACCGACGACAGAGGGCACUAGCAGCGCAAUAAAGUGCAACAUUAUAGUUACCAAUGUGCGUAGUUCAAAAACAUUAUGUACAAAGUGAACAGGACAGUGAAUAGUGAGAAUUUUUCGAAUUUAAAUGUAUAGAUUUUAAACUAAUGUCUGACAUAGCAGUUUGAGUUGUUAAAACUGUCGAAGCAAUACAAUUAUGUGUUACUUCUGUGUGUAGUAAUACUAAGUAUAUGUAUAAGUGUACUCAUAAGAAAAUGCAUUAUUAUCAUAAUAGUGAUGUAGAUAUUUAAUUUACGAGAUUAAUUUAAGCAAAGGGUCUAUUCAAAUUAGUGAUUACUCUUAAUAAAUGUAGGGCUCUGAGCAAUAUUUUGUUAGUUGUUAGUUAAUAGGAUUAAUUACUCAAUCACUUCCCUUAUUCAUUUAAUAAAUAGUUACGUGUCACAAUUUUAAAAUAUUACCCAAUAUUGUUACCUUAACUGACUGCCUCGUUGGUAGAGUGGUCGCAAUUACGACUGCCGGGCAAGUCUCGGGUUCGGUUCCCGUGUCGUGCAAAGUAUCACUGGACUAAAAAUCAGUCUGGAAUUGUGCCCGGUAUAAGGCAAUAGCCUUACCUAUUACGUGGAACUUAUAACACAAAUGGUGAAAAGUAGGUGUACAUUGUGCAAUGGCAUUACGUACCCUAAUGCGCACCUCUGCCUACCCCUGCGAGGAUAAAAGGCGUGACGUUGACGACGUUGUUACCUAAAUAUCAAUAAAAAUGUGUUGGAAAUUAAUGAUCAAAAACGUAGUUGGAAUAAUGUCAAUUCGUUCAUUUAAGUGAGUAUGUAGUUAGUUGUUCCAAAUCUCACACCGGAUACCUGACUGGUUGAACGAAAUAGUGUUAACUAAUACAUUUGUUUGUCAAUAAUUUUGUUAAAGAGGCAUUUCACAUUUCUAUGUAAGUAUUGCAUAGCAUUACGAUAUAUUGUAAUAAAAUUUUGUUGAAUCGAUUCGCUUGGCACGUCUUUGCAUAGGCAAGUCUGUGCCUUUAAAGUUUUACAUUUACGAGUUUGUUGAUAUUUACAAAGUCAAAAAUAUCUUUAGGUGAAUAUUUUUUUUGAUUGCGAUAUUGAAUUAUUGUAUACAUAUUUAAAAUCUGAUUAACAUUAAAAUAAUUGCAAAAACGGAGGUCCUCUGUAUAACGGCAUCUGCAAGUCCCCGAAGUGUAACAGGUCUUCAUUACAACAGACUACAAAAACAAAUCUAGAAAUAUACUACUGAGAUAUUCCUAUAAUUAUCUACAUUAUUGUAAUAUUUCUGUUACAUUUUAUCUACCAAAAUUAAUAAAAUUGACAAUAUUACAUCAAACUGAAAACAUAAUGCCGACUGUUGUUUAACAAUAUGCAACCACCGACAGCUAUUACAGUAAUCAUAAUUUAUAUGCAUGUUACGUUAAAAAAAAAUGUUAAAAAGGCAACGGUAAAUUUUCGUAAAGUUACCAAUUUAACGGUAUGACCAUAUUCAUGCAUACUAUUCACAAUGUAAUUGUGUCAUAAUAUUUUAUCGUAAUUUGUAUUUUAAUUGGGCCUCUGUCAGUAAUUUCAAAAUGAUUAAGAUGUUUCAUUGAACUAAACUGUUGUAGUAGUUAAGUGAUUACAAGUACAUACACAUUACCUGUGUCUACAAGAGAUUAGUUUAUUGUUAUUGUCCAUAUAUAAAAAUCUAUUGCAUUGUUAGUUCUUAACAAGACUCAAAAACGACUAGACCGAUUUGACAAAUUGGUCUUGAAUUAUUUAUAGACAGUCCAGGGCAGGUUUAAAAGGGGAGAAAAUGUUGGAGGCGGUACGAAGUUUGCCAGACCAGCUAGUUAUUUUUAUAUAGAUGAGUGAUUGUACAAUUUCUAAAGUAACAGAGAAGUCAAUUACACCUAACUCCUUCUAAAGUGUAUUUAGAUACAUAGGUUCAUCAAUACAUUUUAGAAUGAGUUUCGGUCCUAUGACCGAAGUCUUUAGUAUUUUACAUACCAUAUAUUCAUCCUUCAUCUACCUUACUUAAUCAUAUCGUAUUGUAUUAUACAAAUGCAUCCAAUUUAUUUAAGUUUUAGAUUAAAUAAAUAGGGAAGUAUGUACCUGUAUUUCUUAAAAAUAGUUUAUUAUUUAUUGUCUUAACUUUAAGUUAGAUCGUAGGACUUAGAUGUGAUAGUUUCAUGUUACCUAACAUAAAGUUAUCGUCAGUAGAUUAUAAUAUAGUUUCCCAUUAAUGUUUGGCUCAUGUACUUAUUUGGUAAUCAAUGUAAAACAUUUAAUUACUUAUAUCGUUCUCUAUUACACAUUGAAUCGGUAUGUUUAUGUAAAAAUAAUAAUAAAUUAAAACACCAAACUGUAAGAAUUCGAAAAUAAAUAAAACUAAUAUUUUUAA